AGUGAUGGUGCAUUGAUGAGUUAAACAUGGGACUCCUGGAAUUCUAUUGUGAGCAACUGGCUUUUGGAUUCUACAAGAUGUGAUCAGAAUAUGUACAUCCAUUCAGUGUCAACCAACUACAUGUAUCCUGUACAUGUCUUGGUAAAGAAAGUUAAGAUGAUCUUCCUAUAGGGGGUCCAAAACAUUGUAGCAAGUCCAGCAGUUCAGACCUCCAUAUGAAGUACCUGCAUAGCUAUAGGAUGACUGAUGCAUGUUUCUAGUUUAUUCCCAUGAUGAAGGUGAUUUUUAAUACCUUUUAGAGCAAACUUGAUAGUACUUGAGCGAUAAUCAGGUUUGUCAAGGGCUCUUGUUCGUAAUGAGCUCUUAUUCGAAAUGAGAUCUUGCAGAAUAGAAUAGAGUGAAACAAUGACCUGUCGCGUAUUCUGCGGCCUCAUUCAAGAUACCCUGUAUUUGGAGAUGAUGAUUAGCAGGCCAACCCCAACAGGAAGUCAAUUCUGAGGGUUCCCUCGACUGAUGCCCUCAUCUUUAACGAAGAAGGUAGCCACUACCCUAUCAAGUGAUGUCACUUAUUUAAUGGAUUAAGGAAGUGUGCUGUUGACAUUAGAGAAGUUCAGGAACAUUUGAAAGACAUACUGUAGGACUGAUCAAGGAGUCAAGGGAAAUACAUGUGGUGAUGAGCAUGGUUAUUAUCAACUGUAAGCUAUUGAUGUCUUUACUUAAUUUAGACAUUGGUGGCAGUCUUGUGUCUUUCCUUUUCUCCUGACUGAAAUAAAAUAAGUACCUGGAUAUGAAUUUAUUUGAAUUCCAAACAGAAAUCAAUAAAGAAGAGAACACUGGAUAUCUUGGACACUGUGUCAGUGUUAUAUUAUCAUGAACAAUAUUGUGUUGGUACAUGUAACUACCAAGCAACUUCUUCUUAGAAGAGAAAUGGGGUCAUAUUUCUUUAUAGAUUUGCUUCUGUGAACGCUGGUGUCAUAUUUGAGCAGUCAUUGGAACCAUUUAUAAAAAAAGGAUUGAAUAAAGACUACAUUGUGCGCCUUCAAAAUGGGAAGCAGUUCGUCCAAGUUUCGGAAAGCCCUCCAUUCGGGGGAUGAGAAAACAGCUGAGGAAAUUUACCAUCAUAGCCAAGACUUUCAAAAGACGUUUGAUCCGAACAUCUCCUAUGGAGAGAACUAUGAUCAUAAUACGGCUCUUCACUGUUCAUGUAGACAUGGAAUGCACAGACUUGUCAGAUUGUUUCUUCAGAAGCAUAAUGGAAGCCCUAUUAAGCGUAACAUGAGCAACCAAACAUCUCUACAUUGUGUAUGCAUGAGUGAUCUACCCCGCCCUCCAUCAUCUACGUCCAGCUAUUCACAGUACUAUUACUCUCAACCCCCUGAGAAGAAAAGAGCAGAGUGUCUUCGUCUCAUCCUCAACUGGCAAGGGAUACCGAUUGGCAACGGUGAAAGGGAAAAGAUAGACGUCAAUGCAGUAGAUGAUGAAGGAUGUACGGCCUUACACUAUGCAGCAGCCGCUGGCUACAGAUCAUUAGUAGAGACGUUAUUGGAGAAUGGUGCGUGUUUGUUUGUAGAGAAUGGCGACAAAGAGACUCCUUGUGACUGUGCUGAAAAGAAUCGAUAUUACGACAUUGCUCAGCUUCUUGAGUCUAAAAUGGUCUUUUCGCAAAUGAGUGAAGAUGAAGUCGUGGAGGAAUUAAGUGCAAUAUCAUAUGAAGAGAGCUAUGUUGGGCUGAAACCACAGGAGUUACAAGAAGCAAAGGAUGCCCUCGUUGUUGAAACCGCAGAUAUGCUUCGUGUUCCACUUUUCACUGCUGAAGCUCUUCUCAGAAACUAUGAAUGGUCAAGAGAAGUUUUAUUAGAAGAAUGGAUCUCAAAUCCCAAGGAAUGCUGUGAGAAAUCUGGUGUGAAGUCCCCAGAUGAAGUAGAACAUGCAAUACAAGACCAUACCUUAACAACUAUUGAUAAUGAACCUGAAACUCGGCAUGUGGCAGAGGACGAAACUGAGUGUGAUAUAUGUACAGAAGUGAUAUCAGGGGAAGAAUCACCGGUAGAGAUGCCUUGUCAUCAUCACUUCUGUAAAAUGUGCUGGGAAAGAUAUCUUUCAGGAAAGAUAGCGGAGGGAAAUGCUCAUAACAUCAUGUGUCCUGCCUUUGAGUGCUGUAAACUUGUUCCAGUUGAGAUCAUUGAGGCUAUUGUGUCCAGAGAAAUAGCAAGAAGAUUCUUACAGUUUGAUAUCAAGGCCUUUGUAGACACCAAUCCAAGUUUAAAGUGGUGUCCCAAGGUCGGUUGUGGUCAAGCGGUCAAGCUACCAUUGAACACUGAACCUGCAUCUCCAAGGGAUGUAUCCAGUCCGUCCGCUCCACCUCCCAUGUCCAAGGCAGUUGAUUGUGGGCGUGGUCAUCUCUUCUGCUGGGAUUGCUCAGGAGAACCUCACGAUCCUUGUAGCUGUGAGAACUGGAAAAGAUGGAGUGAGAAAAUAGCAGAAAUACAACCAGAAAAAUUGAACAAAACAGAAGAAGAGACUGAGUCUGCUGCAAACUGCCUUUGGCUUAUAACCAACUCAAAAGCCUGCCCUAAGUGCCAUUCUCCUAUCCAGAAAAAUGAGGGAUGCAAUCACAUGAAAUGUACUAAGUGUAAACAUGAUUUUUGUUGGGUGUGCCUUGAAGUAUGGAGUAAGCACAGCUCUGAGACGGGUGGUUAUUUCCGAUGCAACCGUUAUGAAGUCGUUCAAAAGGUGGAAGAAAAGGCCGAGGGUCUCAUGUCAGAGGCUGACAAACGUAACAAGGAGAUGCAAGAGUUGAAUCGUUUCCUUCAUUACUAUACACGAUUCCGUAACCAUGAGAACAGCUACCAUCUAGAAGAACCUCUACUUAGAAAAGCCCCAGGGAAAAUGAGGAAACUGGCCUGCCACUCGGAUGCUAAAGCAUCUAAAGAGGAAACACAGUUUAUAAUUGAUGCAAUCCAUGAGCUCCUUGCAGCAAGGCAUAUACUCAAGUUCUCCUACCCUUAUGGCUUUUAUUUAGAGGACAGAGGGGGCAGCAAACAAAUAUUUGAAUUUAUGCAAAACGAAUUAGAGGAAGCAUCAGAGAAUCUAUCCCAAAUGGUUGCAAGGAACUACUUGAGGACACCGCGGACCAAGAUCAUCCAAGCAGCCCAUCUUACCAAGAGGAAACGAUAUGAGUUUCUUUCAGCUGUCAGUAAAGGCUUUCUUCCACCGGAUGUAUCCUCUGAUUCACCGCAAAGAAGGAGAAGAACCAGUUCAUCAUGGUCCUAUCAGACCUGGGAUGAUGACUCCGCCGAUGAGAAUGAUGAAGCUCUUAGACGUGCGAUUGAAGAAUCCAUCCAAGAUGCUAUGGCACAGUCUCAGAAAUCGGAACAAGAUGGAGAGGAUUCAACACCCGAUUUCAGCACAAGCAAGAUUGGGAGUGAACACACUCAAGGAGGGUCGUCCACCAUGACUGCAGGGUUGUUACGUGCUUUAGAGAUGUCCCAGCUUCUUCUUAUGCAACAAACAGAGAUGCUGGACACCCCUUCUACCAGAGUGGAUCAACCCUCUUCUAGUACCGAUACUGAACAACAGAAUGCUGGUGAUGGGAGCAGUCCAUCUACAAGCUCUCAGCGCUCUUCUAAAUUGUCUCCUAUUAGAGGAAAGAGUCCAAAACGAAAAGAUCCUCAGACCUCAUUCUUAGAUAGUUUUGAUGAUGAUGUCAAGUUGGCCAUGGAACUAUCACUUCAAGAACCAAGUAAAUCAACAAAAGAGAAACCAAGGCAGACCCUUGCCCAACGUAGGAGUUACAAGACAGCUACCUCAAGUGGGCAUAGCAUCAACCCAGAGGAGGUCUUACUCGACAAUACACCCAAAGAAAGAGGGACAAGAUCAACAUCUCGUUCCCAUGGCAAAUCAAGAAGUGGCAAAUACAUCAAGUCAGAUCGGCUACGGGUCAUCCCCAUUAGCAGUGGAGGAGGAGUCACCCUACAUGAUAGUGCAGGAGAAUCAGAAGCAGAGAGGAUACGUAGAAUGCGAAAAGAAUUUCUUGAGAAGAUUGCUGGUUCAUCUUCCAAGAAUGUGGACACCCCAAAACACUCUUCAGACGCCAGUUUAUUAUCAGUCGGAGGUGCUGUUGCUUCAAGCUCUAGUACUAGAUCAUCCACAAGCUCUGUGAAGCUUGACAAGGCGACAGUUAGGAAAAAGAGCUCCAGGAGUCAUGUUUCAAGUUCCAGUAAGAGUUCACACCACCUAAGAACUGGUCGAGCAUCGAGUGACCCACACACUGUUGCCAUUGAUAAUACAUUACAGCAAAUCCAGGCCAGGAACUUGGCUCUUUCAGCAUCGGUCCAAGAUAUGACUGGAAACCCAGCAAAAACUGGUGAUGGUUCAUCCAGCCAUUUACAUGUAUCAAGUAGCAGCAGUUCACCAGUUGGAGGAUCUCCUGCUACAAGACCAAAGAUAAGAAUGGAUCUGUGUCCCAUCUCCUCACCUUCUCUUAAAAUCACCGUCCCUGAUCUAUCAACUUCACCAACCACGAGCAAAGUACACAGGAAAGGCCUGUCUGUCCAACACACCCCGGUCAAGAAGUCAAGCCUGGGAGAUAUCACAUCAUCAGAGCGACCGCAUCUCAGUAAACCGCGGAAGGUAUCUGAAGGAGAUGUUGCCAAACUGAUACAGACUUCUGGUAAACUCCCUUCUCCCUUGUUUUCCGGUUCAAAUCAACAAUCUUUUCUAGAUCCCGAGCCCAAACUGGUAGAGGAUGUCUGGAAGAAAGCUUCAGCUGAGGAACUAAUGCCCUCUGCGUCGCCAACAUUAAAGCUUUCCUUAGCAACCAAACCUCUGAACCUUGCAGAAGGACCAGGGGGUGAUGUUGGCCUGUCUCCUGGCAAUACUCCUAACUUUGCUGCAGGUUCUGUCUCAAAUGUAGACUUUGAAAAUGGAAACAUGGUUCAUUUGAGCUCCGUUCCUCAAGCAUCCAGUGCCUGUAAUACAGAUUUGGACUCGUCCUUAUCCCCUUCUAUAGAACCACUACCAUCCAUCCCCAUGGCAACAGAAGCUAGAAAUCAAGUUGAGGAGGUUGAUCCCACAGAUGAAAAGAAUGAUGUUUGGCAAGUCUAUAUAUGAUGUAUGCUCUAAUAAUCAGAAGAUUUCAUGUUAUGAUAACAACACAGCAAUUCAUGAAUUCGGAAUAAUUUGUAGAUGUAUGUGCAUAUAGCUAUAUUGAAUUGAUAUGUAAUCUUUUUUUCAUUAAUGUUGUGUCAUGGACUUUCCAAUAAGUCCACUGUGGUAUGAUAUGUUGGAACAUGGAUAGAAUAGCCUCCCAAUGGUAAACCAGUGUCAUACAUACAUAAUAAGCAAAUGCUCUUCAAGGGAUUUGGAUCUAAAUUCUGAUUGAAAAUAAAAGGCUUAAAGUUGAUAGGAAAAAAAUUCAUAAAGUAAGUUUAUAAAUAUCACACAAUAUAUUUUUGUAUAUGUACAUGGAUUAAUUUGUGUAUGACAUGUACAUGGACUUAUUUGUGUAUGGUAUGGAAAAUACCUAUCAUGUAGCAAAUGAUCAAUGACAAUUUAUCCCUACAUUCAUGUCAGUCAUUUGAAGCAAUGAAUAACAAACUCACAUUAAAUGAAUGUCCAUAACAUAAUGCAACAAACAAAAACAAGAAAUGUUUGUAUUAGGCCAGGCAAAUGGCAACAACAAUUUUAGGAGAAACACAAGCAAUCAAACAUGUUUACAAGCAAGUUUAUGACAUUGUUGUUUUGAAGCAAAUAAAGCCAGGUAAUGAUUAUUAAGCAUAUAUGAUGAUAGCGCUAUACAAGAACUAAUGAGCGCUCUAUCAUAAUCUAUUCAGUGUUGUAUGUUAUCCAAUGUAAUGACCUCGUGGGUGAAUGGCUAUUAAAGAAUAACCACACACUUUUUUCAUUUUGUGAUGCUUGUAGUUUUAAAGGGGAAUCCAGCCUUGGCCAUAAAAUGUUGUGUUGGGUAGGAGAAAAAUUGAUUAAACAGAAUGGCGAAAGUUUGAAAGAAAUCGGACAAGCAAUAAGAAAGUUAUUGCUGCUUUAAAAUUGAGAUCACUAAUAGUAUGUAGAUUUCAAAUUGGCAACUGGGUAAGUAAAUUAUGACAAGGGGCAAGGACAACUUUCCCAUAGGCCAUGUACUUUAUUAUCAGGGAUUUGUGGUUUUCUCCUAAGUACCCAUUCCCCUGGGGCAGUAAUCUAAAUAUAAUCCAGGUAGUAUAUUGUUUUAUGUCCUCAUGAAAGAAAAAUAUAAUUUGAAAUUAAACUUUUGGGAAAAAUGAUAUUUUAGCCAUAAUAUGUAUUGGAGUACAUGGAAGAGUAGUCCUUGCCUUACAUCACUAUGACAUCCCAUAUGCGGCCAAUUUGAAGUCUCCAUGGGUAUAGUGAUUACCAAUAUUUACUACUUUUAAAAAUUCAUAACUUUCUUGUUGUUUGUCCAAUAUUGUUCAAACUUUCACCUAUCAACCUUUCUGAUUUUUCUUUUUCUUAUAAAAACAAGUUUUUAUUUGGGUUGGAUUCCCCUUUAAAUAUAUAUUAUAGUUAUAUAACAUGGAUAUCACAUGUAGUUAUUGCUAGGUUUUUAACAAAGGCGUUUCAGGAAUAUGCCAUUAUGAUGGUUGAUAAUAUUAUCCAGGGUGUUCCGUGAAUUAUAGGACAUUUCCCAAUCUUUAUCUUUGCUUUAUCUCAAACUUGGGUCUUUAGUUCUUGGUUCAAAUUUAUUUAUAAGUUGUAAAUGCAAAGGGUACCUCUCCACUCAAAGAAACUUUCUCCAAUUUUGUCUUCAAACUUAAUCCAAGCAAUACAAAAAAAAUGGACUUGGGACUUCAUACAUUUUUUUUUCACUUUGACUCAAAAUAUUGUAUCUUUUGUAUGUUUUUCAGUUGGGAAAUCUGGGUGGUGUUUCAUAAAGCUGUUCGUAAAGUUAAGCACAACUUUACGAAUGACUAGAACAAGUUCUUAUACACAAGUCAGCUACAUUGGGAUAUAUCAUAUAGCACAAGAAAGGGUCACCAGUUGUGCGUAAAGUCAUUCGUAACUUACGAACAGCUUUAUGAAACGGGUCCCUGGAGUUCAUUGUUAAAAAGUGUCUUAAAUUUGUAGUGUUGGACCAAUUGUAACAUAACUAACCAUGAUGUAGGUUGGGGCUAACCAUGUUUUUCUUGUUUCAACCAGAAAAAAGCUUUAUAUACAUAUAAUCAUAAUAAUAAUGAGAAAAAAUUAAUAAUGAUAAUAACAUGGACAUUUGUGAAAUGUGCCGGUAUCCAUCAUGAACAGAUUCUCAUGGUAAAUUGAAGAAAAUAAAAUAAAAAGGAAACCAAUUAAUGAGGGGGACAAAGGCUUAUAUGAAUCAAAUGACUUGUCAACUAUCUAUCAGUAACAUGAAUAUCACUGGUUGUUUUGUUUUAACCCAGUUUGAAGAAAACUUUGGGAGAAAUGCAUCUCAAUCUUUCAUGUCCUCUGCAUAAUGUAACCUACCAGAUAUAAAGUUUUCAUCCCUUACAGGAAUGGGUCUCAGGAUUCUAUAUUAUGGUGUCAAGUAGGAUGUACACUAUCUACACUAC